AUGGAGUUUUUGGAGAAGAGGGAGGAGGAAGCCGAGUACAGUGAGCUGGAUGCGUCCUCCACUGUGUGCUGCGAAAACGAGGACUCCCCCAAGGUGGAGGAGGAGGAGGAGGGAGAUACGGCGAUGGUGGAGCAGGGGAAGACGAAGAGUUUGAAGGGCGAUCUGAAGGUGGCCCUGAAGAAGCCGGACAAGAUCCUCCCCUGCCCACGCUGCAACAGCUCCAACACCAAGUUCUGCUACUACAACAACUACAACGUCAACCAGCCGAGGCAUUUCUGCAAGAACUGCCAGAGGUACUGGACGGCCGGCGGGACGAUGAGGAACGUCCCCGUCGGCGCCGGCCGGAGGAAGAACAAGAGCACCGGCCUCCACUCCCGCCACAGCGGCGCCCCCAAGCCCGCCGUGGCCGUGGCCAGGCCGGCGCGGAGCGGCGACAACGCCGGCGAGCCCUCCUGCGCAUCGUCGUCUCUCACGGCCUCGACUGGAUUGGAGGGCGAGCUCCCCUACGGCGAGGAGCAGGCGGCGGCCGUUCUCCACGGCGCCGACGCCGGUCUCCCGCCGCCGCCGCCCGUCCACUGCUACCCGUGGCCGGUGGGCUGGAACGGGGCUUCCGCCGCAGCCGCCGCCGCCGCCGCGGUCCCCUUCCCUCUGCUUCCGACCUUCUUCUGGAGCUGCAUGUCCGCGUGGCCGGCCAGCCCGGCGUGGGCCGCCGCUCCAUGGGCCGGACCCGCCUCGCCGGCGGCGGUGGCGCCGUCCUCCGCCUGCGCCGCCGCGGGGAAGGUGGCAGAGACCUCCUCCAUCUGGGUGCCGAAGACACUGAGGAUCGACGACCCCGACGAGGCCGCCAAGAGCUCCAUCUGGGCGACCCUCGGCAUCAACCCCGACCCCAAGAUCCGCAGCGGCGGCAUCUUUAGAGGCUUCGAUCCCAAAUCCGCCGCCGCCACCGGCAUCGCCGCCGGAGACCGCCGCCCUCUGGAAGGGCUCCAGGUCCCUCACGUCAACCCAGCCGCCCUCUCUCGCUCGCAGGCCUUCAAGGAGAGCACCUAA